AAAAAUUACCAUACCACGUUGAUGCGUUAUCGCAUUAUAAUAACGAAAUUUACUCCUUCUGUGUUUCAGUCCUUUUUCGGCAGAUCCUACAAUAAUCUGAGCAGUAUCUCCGAAUGUAAGAAUGGCGGGGAGUGCGUCAUCAAUAAAAAGAAUCGGACAGCUUGCAAGGCAUGUCGUCUAAGGAAAUGCCUGCUCGUGGGCAUGUCGAAGUCAGGCUCGCGAUAUGGGCGUAGAUCGAACUGGUUCAAAAUUCACUGUCUACUGCAGGAACAACAACAGCAACAACAGCAACAGCAACAACACUACCAACAGACCCUGUCCAACCAACCGCUCACGCCACAGCGAAAACCAAUGAGCCCGCCUAUCGGACUCCACCCAGGUCAACGAAAGGACGACGUGCUGAUGCUAGGUCUGGACGACUACAAGAACUCGACUUCCCCUAGCAUCAGCUCCCCCGAAUCGCACAACAGUGACAGCUCUGUGGAAAUAUCCGAAAGAAGAGCAGCCUUCUCGGGGCAUCCAGGCUUCAGACCCCUGCAUUCCCAGUUGCAACCCUCGGUCGCUGAUCUUUCGGCCCUCAGCAAAGAAAUGAUGAGUUUACCCCUCGGUUUUCACCUAGGUGGCAUGUCCCUGAUUCCACCCGCCUUCCUACCACCGCCGAGUCUCACCAUGUUCUCCCCCUAUCAUCUGUACGCGACGUCCCACGGAGCUUCCCAUCCCUUGGUGCCCAACCAUUCUUCGAAUCUGCUUCGACACUCGCCCGUGAUCGAGGACACGAGCAGUACGAUCAGCACUGCAACUACAACCACUACCACGACGAUAAGUAUCGACAGCAAAGACUCGUGUGGAAACAAUAACAACAACAAUAACGACAGAUACGCGCACAACAAUAACGUGCAAACGAGGCAGGGUUCGAACGAAGAGAUCGGAGAAACGUACACCAAACGAUUCUAUUUGGACGCGGUGUUGAAAAGUCAGAGAGCGCAGGAAGGUUCUACGGCGGCGUCUACGAAGGAACAUUCCGAAAACGAUUCACCGAUAUGUAGCCCGGGGUUGGAAACGGAUUGUCCGCCCCCGCAAGAUAAUCCCAUAGAUCUGUCCAUAAAGUCGGCCCCCACUUCCGUGACCGAGGAAACGGAAGAGGACGAAAUCGACAUGGAGAACGUGAGCGAUCGAGACAGUCCCCCUCUGAAAAGGAAAUCGGUGCCUAUAGAUCUAACAACGAGAUCCUAGAGAAGGCAAGAAGAUUUAUAUUUAUACUCGUUCGAUCGAAACAUCGUUUGUCCGCUCAGAAAACAAACGGAAUAAUUGGAUUUCGAGCGUAAGGAAAAGUAG